UUUGGUCUCUCUCCAGAGGAGCUAAUGCGCUGGCAUAGUUCUCCCAUUUGUCAGCCAGAAGUCUGGUUACACAUUUGCUCGUCAAUCUAAACUAACCUAUUCUCAUACAAGCACUUGGAGUUUCGUGUAAAUCAACCAGACGUUCUGUCAUUCACCAGCAAUAUCUCUCUAUAGUAUUCUACACCCAUGUGCCUUCAUGAAAUAUUUCACUAAGUUUGUGGAAGAUAUAUUCAAAUGAAUGUGCUUUUUCAGGAAUGGUGACACCCGAAUGUUAUAAAUCUGUUCAUUACCACAACAAGGAUAAAUGGUAUUUCUGCCAAAGACUUUUGAUAACCGGUACAGUAAUGAAUCUCAGCACUUUCUGAAAUUAAAGGUCUGCCCUGAGAGGGUUCAUUUCAAUUCUCUGAAUAGGAUUUCACAAUGGAAUACAAAAACCUCAGGAUGCAGAGAGAAUAGAAUUUACACAAAAAUAUCUACUGAAUGAAUUCCCCCACCUUCUUGGUGAUUGUACACCUGCCUUCCUUAUAAGGAGAACAAGGAAGUAAAUCAUGUUGAAGUUGCUUUUAAGCACACCUUUUCUUCUUUACCUGUCCAGGUAGCCUCUGUUUUCAUUUCAGUCUUAAUGAAAACUUUUUUAUUUACGUCUCAAGUUUCUUUUCAAAGCAGUCGAGAACUGAAACGAAUGGGGAUUGAACUGCUUUGCCUGUUCUUUCUAUUUCUAGGAAAGAAUGAUCACGUACAAGGUGGCUGUGCCACGGGAGGUGCAGAAGCCUGUGAAGACUGCUUACUCAUUGGACCUCAGUGUGCCUGGUGUUCUCAGGAGAAUUUUACCCAUCCGUCUGGAGUUGGUGAAAGAUGUGAUACCCCAGCAAAUCUUUUAGCGAAAGGAUGUCAACUAACCUUCAUCGAAAACCCUGUCUCUCAAAUAGAAAUACUUACCAAUAAGCCUCUCAGUGUAGGCAGACAGAAAAAUAGCUCCAGCAUUGUUCAGAUUGCACCUCAAAGCUUGAUUCUUAAAUUGAGACCAGGCAGUGAACAGACUCUUCAAGUGCAAGUUCGUCAGACUGAGGAUUACCCGGUAGACUUGUAUUACCUCAUGGACCUCUCAGCCUCCAUGAGUGAUGACCUCAACACAAUCAAAGAGCUGGGCUCCCUGCUUUCCAAGGAGAUGUCUAAAUUAACUAGCAACUUUAGACUGGGCUUCGGCUCUUUUGUGGAAAAACCCGUCUCUCCUUUUGUGAAAACAACACCAGAAGAAAUCGCCAACCCUUGCAGUAGUAUUCCACACUUCUGCUUACCUACAUUUGGAUUCAAGCACAUUUUGCCACUGACAAAUGAUGCUGAAAGAUUCAACGAAAUUGUGAAGAAUCAGAAAAUUUCUGCUAAUAUCGACACACCCGAAGGUGGAUUUGAUGCAAUUAUGCAGGCUGCUGUGUGUAAGGAAAAAAUUGGCUGGCGGAAUGACUCCCUCCAUCUCCUGGUCUUUGUAAGUGAUGCUGAUUCUCAUUUUGGAAUGGACAGCAAACUAGCAGGCAUCGUCAUUCCUAAUGAUGGGCUGUGUCACUUGGACAGCAAGAAUGAAUACUCCAUGUCAACUGUCUUGGAAUAUCCUACAAUUGGACAACUCAUUGAGAAACUGGUGCAAAAUAACGUGUUACUGAUCUUCGCCGUAACCCAAGAACAAGUUCAUGUAUAUGAGAAUUAUGCAAAACUUAUUCCUGGAGCGACAGUAGGGCUGCUUCAGAAAGAUUCCGGGAACAUUCUGCAGCUGAUCAUCUCGGCCUAUGAAGAACUACGGUCUGAGGUGGAACUGGAAGUAUUAGGAGACACAGAAGGACUCAACCUGUCAUUCACAGCCAUCUGUAACAACAGGACCCUCUUCCCACACCAAAAGAAAUGCUCUCACAUGAAGGUGGGAGACACGGCGUCAUUCAACGUGACUGUGAGUAUAUCAAACUGUGAGAGAAGAAGCAGGCACAUUAUCAUAAAGCCUGUAGGGCUGGGGGAUGCCUUAGAAAUACUUGUCACUCCGGAAUACAACUGUGACUGUCAGAAGGACGUGGAAGUGAACAGCUCCAAAUGCCACAACGGAAAUGGCUCCUUCCAGUGUGGGGUGUGUGCCUGCAACCCUGGCCACGUGGGUACUCGCUGCGAGUGCGGAGAGGACGUGCCGAGUAUAGAUUCCUGCAAGGAGGCUCCGAAUCACGCUUCAUGCAGUGGAAGAGGCGAUUGUUAUUGCGGGCAGUGCAUCUGCCAUUUGUCUCCCUAUGGAAACAUUUAUGGGCCUUACUGCCAGUGUGACAAUUUCUCCUGCGUGAGACACAAAGGGCUGCUCUGCGGAGAUAACGGCGAAUGUGACUGUGGCGAGUGCGUGUGCAGGAGCGGCUGGAUUGGUGAAUACUGUAACUGCACAACCAGCACGGACGCGUGCAUCUCUGAGGACGGGGUGCUCUGCAGCGGACGAGGCGACUGCGUGUGUGGCAAGUGUGUUUGCACGAACCCUGGGGCCUCCGGACCGAACUGUGAACAUUGCCCUACCUGUGUCGAUCUCUGUAACUCUAAACGGAGCUGCAUUGAAUGCCACCUUUCUGCAGAUGGCCAGGCCCGAGAAGAAUGUGUUGACAAAUGCAAACUAGUCGGUGUGACCAUCAAUGAAGAAGAAGAUUUCUCAAAGGAUAGUUCUGUUUCCUGUUCUCUGCAAGGAGAAAAUGAAUGUCUUAUUACAUUCCUAAUAACUACAGAUAACGAAGGGAAAACCAUCAUUCACAGCAUCAUCGAGAAAGACUGUCCAAAACCUCCGAAUAUUCCCAUGAUCAUAUUGGGCGUUUCACUGGCUAUUCUUCUCAUUGGGGUUGUCCUACUGUGCAUUUGGAAGCUGCUGGUGUCAUUUCAUGAUCGUAAAGAAGUUGCCAAAUUCGAAGCAGAAAGAUCAAAGGCCAAGUGGCAAACGGGAACCAAUCCACUGUACAGAGGCUCCACCAGUACCUUUAAAAACAUAACCUACAAACAUAGGGAAAAACAAAAGGUGGACCUUUCCACGGAUGGAUAGAACUACUUUUAUACAUGGAAAAAAGUCUGUUUCACUGAUAUGAAAUGUUAAUGCACUGUUUAAUUUUCUUUUUUUGUUGCUUCAAAAUGAGGUUGGUUUAAGAUAAUAAUAGGUCACUUGGAGAUCAGUCAUUCUCUGUACGAAGGUUAUAGACUAUGUUGGCAGGUUCAAAAUAAUCAAGAAGAGAAAUAUCCUCAGCAAAGUAGUGACUGUGGGGAUCAUUUGCAGAAUACUAACUCUGUUGCAUUAGUGUCUCAAAAAAUCAUCAAAAUGAUUCAUGGGGGCAUGAUUUGCAUUUGAAAAAUGUUUGAAAUUAGAAUCUCAUUUAUUGCAGGAAUACAGCUACCUGAAGUCUUUGUCUCAACAAAGUCACAAAGUCCAUAUUCUUAUAUUAUAUACUCCCACUUGCCAAUUAAUUCCAAACUUUUACUAAAUCUGCCCUAUCCUACAAGACGAUUUUUUUUAAAUCUAUGAGAAAUGAAAUUCUGAUUUUACUUCAGAUGAGAGAAUGCAAUUCUAAAGAUGUCACAAGUGUAAAAAUGAAAAUUAAGUGUUAACUAUUUCUGUGGGUUUGUCUGCACCUAAAAGUCAGGUACACAAACAAGUAUUUCAUUUGUUUUACAGAUGAGAAAGAAGUAAUUGAUAAAUUAGGAAGUCACCAGUAAAAAAACAAAAAUAACAAGACUCUUCAUUUAGAUUAUUCUCAAUUACAUGAAAAAUAAACUUCUAUACUCAGUUUCCUUCCUAAUUAUGAGUUUUCAGACUAUUACUUCUCCCAUAUUUCUCAAUCCAUUUUACUCAGUUUCACAGUCUUAUAACUAUAAUUGUCAUAUGAAAGUUUUAAUUUCUUGUUAGAAAGUUACUUUAAAUGAUUAGUUUAUUCAAAGAGAGGCCCAAUAAUACGAAAAGAACAUGAGCUAAACAGAAUAAAAUUUUAAGUGCUUUUAAAUCAAAUACAUCAAGAGUACAAAAGUCCCUCAUAAGUAAUAGGUUUUUUUAAAUCUAUAUUCUUUUCCCAUUUGUAUAACCCAACUUGACAUUUCAGCUGCAUGUGGUAAAUAUACAUAAUAUAUUUACUUUAAAAUGUAAGAUUUUACUUGCAAAAUACAUGUGAAUAAUUAGGGAUUCAUAUGUUGAUUGAAGAGAUGGACUCUGCAGAAUAAUAUUUCUUAUAGUAAAUAUUGCUUUAAAAAAACACUCUCAUUUCCUUUGAGCCUCAUAAGGAAACUAGAGUUCAGAGAGUAAGGAGAAGAAAUGGGUUCAGAAUCCAGAUCUUCUAGCUCCCAACUAUUUCUCCUUUCCAUGAGACUGACUCUUGUCAGUGAAAUAAUAGGAAGAUUUUGUGAGUUUAGUGAUAUCGUUUGUUUGAAAAUGUACUGAGACUAAACAUAUAGCAUUUAAAGAACUAGAAUACAGGUGAGGUCGAGUACUUUUGUGCAAUGGUUAUUACCUUUGAGUAAAGUGUAAUGUGAAGUCUUUUAUUAGGUGAAGAGUUCAUUAUGUAAUGGAGGCUUCAUGUUUAUCCAUUGAAUUGGCACUGAGUGAUCUAUAAUAAGUUUCUUCAAUCCUACAAAUAGAUCUGUACACAUCGAUCACUUGGAGACUUUUUUUUUCUAGUUUCUAAAUAACUCAGGUAAAUCAGACACUUGCGGAGUACACCGCUCUAUUAAAUGAAUUACAAAAUCAUCUUGGAAACCUGAAGGGCUAAUGUACCCCCUAGGUUGCUGACUGAAGCCCAAGGUCUGAGGAAAAUCUAGAGCAACAAGGAAGUUGCAAUGCUGAUGACACAACACUAGUAUUCACCUCUACAUGCGGUGUUUUUAUAUUACUACUGGAAUGCGACUUUAGAAAAUAUGUGUCCCUCUUGUGUGUAUAUAUAGAGAAGAAUCUGCUAUUUCUUUGAAUGCUGUUUUGACCCAAGGCUGGACCUUGAAAAGGCCAAAACAUUAACAGUAGUACUUCUGUUCACUGAAGAAUUAUGUUACAUGAAGAUAAAAUGGGUUUUUGUAAGUUGUUUUAUUGUAUUUUGUGUUGACAUAAAUAAACAUGGUAAUUUAAACAAUGAG